AUGGCUUUAUCGAUUUUCAAAGAAAGGAAGCUCUGUUGCCACCACUUCUUUUCUUCAUUUCAGCAGCAGCAACGUAUUUGCUAUGAUCACUACAUUUGUAGGCGGAGAAACCAAAAUUCACUUUUCUUCCGCCAGGGACAAAUAGCCUCUUCUUUGUCUUUAAUAAAUCCAGUCCAAGUUUUAAUUAUGGCAGAGCCUGUAGAGCGUCGUCCACCAAAACCACUGCAAAAACAGACGGAAUUCGAAGAGACAGAAGAUGACAACAGUACUCAUAGUCCUAGCUCUGAUCAGUCUGAUAAUACCAUUACGGCUGGAACAGAGACUCCAGGAGUACAGUCUUCAGGUGAAUCACCAAAAUCAACAUCUCCUGAAGAUUAUAAAUCAUCUGUCCAUUUGGAUCAUGAACAACAACCAUCAGAAUCAGUUCAGAUUGUUAUCAAAAGCACUCGUUACCCAUUACUUCAAACAAAAACAAAAUCUCUACGCCGUAGUGCUGCAUUAUGCUGUGAAACUGAUGAAGAUGGAUCUCCACCACCUGAAAAUCACACCAUACAGACAGAUGCUUCUCGUGAUGUAUUAUCACUUCCUCACCCAAGUGGUAGGAAUAGGCUAGAAGAGGAAGGUUCUCAAAGCUCAGAGGCUGGUACCUCAUUGAGUUCUUCAAGAGAUUCCAGUGUUGAUAUACCAUACACAGAUUCAACUGGUAUUGAUCUAGAGGAUUUUAUUAAGAAAACUUUAAACAAAACACCAAAAGAUAGAAAAAUAUUACUUAAAUUAGAAACUGAUUUGAUAAAAUUUGUUAAGGAACCUGAGCACCUUUUCUUAAAGUUUCCACCAAUGUCUUCAUAUGAUAGAAUGCUUGUCCACCGCGUGGCUGCCUAUUUUGGUUUGGAUCAUAACAUUGAUCAAACUGGAAAAUGUGUAAUAGUUAAUAAAACACCCAGUACAAGAUUACCAGAAUUUAGUUUUCAGGAACAUAUACAAGAUGUUGAUACUCAAGUUGGGAAGAAACAAAUCUUGAAGAGAAAUGGCAGUUUGGAAGAAACUCACACUAUGGAGAAACCACAUCUGUCAAGAACUUCAAGAACUAAAUCUUUAGAAGAAAGAUUACAGGAAUACAAUGAAACACGGGCACGGAUAUUUAAAUCCCCACAAGCAUCAAUGGAUGAUCCGCAGCUGAAUAUUAUGAGGAAACUUUCUCGACCUGCAAGCUUAGGAGGAAGCAAAGAAGAUCUUGGAUCUCGACCUUGGAGUAGCACUGAUUCAUCAAGUGGCUAUGGCACUGAUAGCUCAGUAAAAUCAAGAGUCCCUGUCACAAAAGCUGGAAGUUUUGGAGGCUUUUCAAAUUCUCAUAGUAUUAAAGCUGGAAUAUUUCGUGGCAACAGUUUGUCAAAAACAGAUUCUAUAAGCAGUGGGACUUCAAGUUGUCUUGGGAGUCCAAUGCCUACAAUUCCUUGCACCCCACCUCGGAACAGUGUUAGUGUUACUAGCCCCCAUUCUGCUGGAAGCAAUUCCUCCUCUACUUCUGUUCAAUCUCCUCUGCAGAACAAUACAACAGGAAUGACAUCACCAGUGCAAUUCAGGUCUCAGUACUUCUUGGUGAUUUCUGGCUCUGAAUCCAUUCCAGCAGGAAGCAUGAUUAUAAACCCCCAGACAGGUCAAAUUUAUUUAAAUGCUGAUGGAACCAUCUACAGGCAUAACCCCAACCAAACACUACCAGCAUCAGUUUCAUUUAAUCCUGCAGCUCCAGUUUUUUCUCAACAUCAGUUUAUGAUGGAUACUCGACAGUAUCCUGAUUCUGGUAAUAUUUCUGAGUUGUCACAACAGUUAGCUUCCGUCAAUAUGACUCAGCAACAACAAACUGCACCUGAAGCCCUUGGAGAAAUUCCUCCUGGAACACCUCGACAAAUCUUAUAUGGUAAUAGUACAGCUCCUACUCAGAUACAGACAAGCUGUGCACAACCAACUGCUGCAUUUCAACAGGGCUACCCAACUGCUCCUGGUGUUGCUAAUCAACCUUUUCGCUACAUGCUUCCAGUUCCUCUUCUACAAUCAAUUAUCCCUCAUAUGGACAAAAUAGCUAUAAUCCUCAAACUCCACAAUACUUCACUGUUGCAGCUUCCAACCCACAAAUGGGUUAUAAUUUUAAUAACACUGCAACAUAUAGGCCUACUACCCCACCUAGUCAAGCUCCUGUGUCUACUCCCAAUGUACCUUUAA